UUAAAAGCAGAAAAUAUGGACCCACCCGCACAUGAUUCACCGAAACAUAUUCUGAACGUCCUGAUCGAUGACUGUGUAGACGAAAUCUUUCGCCGCAUAUUUUGUUUAGAAGAUUUUCUCAACAUGUCGGAAGUUUGUCAACGAUUUCAAAAAAGCGCAAAAAACUGUUUUCGAAUGCAGUUCAAAUUGGUGUAUCUGUUUAAAAGGUAUCGACAAGAGGCUAUAUGUGUACCUUCAACACGGGCAAUUGCACUUCUGAAUACGUUUGGACCAUCAAUUCAAGGACUGCAAUUCCAAACUACAUCAGAUGAAGAACACAAUGAUGAAAUAUUCGAAUCAAUCGUAAAAUUCACCAGCAAAACACUAAAAGAAUUACAUAUUGACUGCUACACCAUGUGUCACACCAUAGAUUUCGAACAAAUGCCAUUUCCUGCUUUAGAAAUUUUGCAUUUAGGUUCAGUUUUACCGAAAAACAUCGAACAGAUCGUCUCACACUUAAAAGGAUUAAGCAUAUCACAUAUAGAACCAAGUUGUUUCAUACGAGAAUUUCCGCGAUUGGAGAUGUUUAGGAUCGUAGAGGACUAUUUUCAUGAUGUAAAUUAUAUAACGGACGAUAUGUUUUGCGAGUUCGUGUCGCUAAAUCCUCAAUUGCAACGUUUAGCUGUGAUUCAUUGCAAUAAAUUGACUCCAUUGAUAUUGCAAGCCAUUGGUGACAAUUCAAUGAACCUUGUCGAAUUGAGUGUCAGUGGAUCGGGAUUCAGACGCACACCAAGCCUCCUAGAUACGAAUCUACCGUAUUUGGGCUCAUUAAACCAACUCAAAUACCUUGAGAUUCAAUUGAAUACUACGACCUCGUUCAAAAUAAUGAUUAAUACUUUUGCUGAAAAUGAGGUGCCAAUCGAAAAGAUAAAAGUCGAUUUAUUGAUUAUAGAAGGACAGCCAAUCGAUCCAUGUUCUGAUUUGAAGACUAUAAAGACAUUGAAACAUGUAGAUAUUGAUGAAAUGAAAAACAGAAAUUUGUUCAAUGAAAACGAAGUGUUGGCUAAUUUGAUUAGAACACAAACUGCGUUAGAGACGAUCGAGAUGAUGUGUUACGAUGAAAGCCCUAUGCCAAUCCUAAAUAUUGGAAAUAUGUUGAAACAUGGUGGAAAUUUAAGGAAAUUCGAACUUUAUACUGGAAUAUUAGACUUUAAUUUAGAAAGCUAUGAAUCAGUUUUGUGUCUGGUCAGAAAUCGUACCCGAGUUGAGAUUAUACUUGGAAAUCAAAAGAGCAAGUGUAUUCCAGAGGGUGUUGUAACGAACAAUGAAUGGUUAGAAGUUCGAUACGUCACUGGCUCGGACAAACGAGGAGCAUGUAUUCACGUAGAUGAUAAUUAUUUCGAUACUGUAAAAUCUAUUUAAAUAAAUGGUUCUUCGAAAUGAGA